GAGUGACACGAUGGGGAGCCCCCAGAUCAUUCUCAGCCUCCUAUUGGUUGGAUUGCUGAGCUCACUGACCCACCAAUCAGAUGUCUGCAAGGCCCGGGAUGGUGAGCGCGGUCAUCCUGGGAACACGGGGCGCAAUGGAAGACCCGGACAGAAGGGAGAUCGAGGGGACCCAGGGGAUAGCGGCCGACUGGCUGGACUGACCAUGAGCAAAGGUGAUGUUGGAGAGCCCGGGGCCCCGGGCGAGCCUGGCUCUAUAGGAUACAAGGGUCCCGAGGGGCCCCCAGGGCCUAUAGGAGAGCCCGGCUUACCUGGACCUAAAGGAGCGAUGGCGGACGCUAGGACGCAGAGCAGGCCGGCGUUCUCCGCGGCGUUCACCGGCUGGAAGGACAACGCGCUGCUCUUCGGUCACAUGAUCACCAACCUGGAGGGCGUGUACAGCGGCUCCUCGGGGCGGUUCCAGUGUAAGGAGGCGGGGUUUUACUACUUCACCUUCCAGGUGGCCUCAGCCGGAGAUCUCUGCCUUCAGAUCUGGGCCAAGAUGGACGCCGCCAACGCCAGGAAACUGCUCAGCUUCUGCGACAGGAACAGCCGCGGUCAGCCGCAGGUCAACUCCGGGGGCGCCGUCCUCAAUCUGAGUAAGAGCGAUGAGGUGUGGCUGGAGGGCGACGCCGGGGCCCGGAGAGUCGCCAACAAUGACAUCAGCAGCAGCGUGUUCAGCGGAUUCCUACUCUUCCCCCGCGAGGAAUGAGCUCCGCCCCCUGCGCACAUCACCUGCAGUAUGCUCCGCCCAC